AUGGGAAACGUCUGGUUUAAGUUCGGGCAGAGUUUUGAGGAGGCCGCGUCGACGAAGGGCGUGAAAUGUCUGAGGUGGAUAGAGGCUUGGGAGACUCAGAUGGAGGACGGCAAGUUCAUUGCGGGUACCAACACGCCCACUGUCGCUGACUCGUGUGCGUUGCGCGUGGUUGAGGAGGCUAUUGAGGUCCUGGGAGAGGAGAAGGUGUUGGGUGCAGCGCCAAAGGUAGCCGCCUGGAGGAAGGCUUUGCUAGCUGUACCCAAGGUCGCUAAAUUUAUGAAGUCCUCACACCGCAUGCCAUCAACAGUCGAUGACGCUUCAGCCAAGCAGUAUUAUGAGGAGGUUGCUACUAGCCUCGGCUGGUGA